GACAGUUGUUAAUUUUUUUUAUUAAAAAUAGUAUUAUUUUUAGACGAUCUUAUCGAGAAAUCAAAACAAACAAAGAAAAAAAACUACUUAGAAAACACAAAAGUUUAAAAUUCCAUUUCUACUACAAAAGACAACCAACUUCCCGCACAUGAAAAACAUGGAAUUUAAUUUGUACUCUUUUUUGUCGAAAAUAGAAAAAAGAAAUAUCCACAUCAAACACGACACAUCUGUCAGCCAGUUAAAACAAAUGAUCGAAUUGGAAACCUAAAUAUUGAAAUUCAAUUCAAUUGAAAACACAUGUUAAGAAAAAGCGCUUAAAAGAGUGGUGUUGAGGUUGGGAAUGGGUAUGUGGAUGGGGUGACAAAAAUAAUCGAACUAAAAUAAAUAAUGUGCGACUUCAUUUUUGUAUUUACAAGACAAGUACGAUAGAGUCUGUUAGUUAUUUUUGAUAAUUCCACUUUCCAAAAUAGGGGGAGACUGUUUUUGUUUAUGGUCUGUUUCUGUUUCUGUUGCUGAUCGCCCACUAAGGUACAACUUGUCUCCAUUAAUAUAGACAUGCCUAUUACUACCUGCCAUGAUAGUUAAUUAAGCAUAUUAAUAAUGUAAAAGCGGGUGGGAUUAAGACUAUAAGGUGCCUUAUAAAACACAACCGACCGACGUGACGGAGACGACACGCCUUCAGCGUUAGCCUUUUCAAAAAAUCAGUGCAGCGACGACGAUGAUUGUUAAACAAUUAUUGCGCUUGUCUUGCAUGACCAAUUUCUACAUCAAUAAUAGUUCUAUUGUUCCGUCGCCGCCAUCAGAAUGCAACUAACGCCAGAUUACUUAAUUUCGGAAUGUGGUUGCCCCCAGCAAAUCUCCAAUGCAAUAGAAUUCCCCGCCAAUAUGAAGAAGGAAAACUACUUCCCAAGUUCUAAGCUUAGAUAUCACAAUUAUAUCACAUCGUCGAGAAGAAGACUGCUACCGAGAAGAGAAUCACUCUCAGAUUACUAUGACAAACUGUUGGUGAACUCAACAGCGCCGAUGGCGAUAGCGAUGACGAUUACGACGAACACUACUACAGAUAUCAGCAAAAGGCAACAACCCAUGCAGGCUGAUACAUUAAAACAUAUGAAAUGUGCUAUGAAUGAGGCGAUCCGCAAGGCUGAUAAGCAUUGUAGCCGAAAUCAACAUUCGGUAAAUAUUGAAGACAGCAAUAAGAAGCAAUACCGCUGACUGUUGGCCGUUGAGAGAGACAUAUUGGAAUUCUCAGAAAAUUAGUUUAAGACAAUUUGUACAUAAUAAUAAAUUAUUUUUUAAAGAUGAAA